GUGUUAACCAUGAGGGAAUCCACCCUCAUUGUUUUCCAGGGCCUGUUUAGCUAGCUAACAGAAUAUGGCUAGGUAACACCCACGCCCACCUUCCUAGCAAUCCCCAAGCAGCUCCUUUAAGUUGCCUGGUCCCACCAAUGGACAAGAGCAGCAAAACAGGACGCAAAACGCGUCCAGACGAUACAGAUUCUGCCGUCUCGAGAACAAAAUGCUCCACAAACCCCCAGGCCUGGGCCUUCUCUUAAAUUUAGUUUAAUUAGGGGCAGGGAGGCAGGUUUCCACCUUGGAGCGGCUGGCUGGAUUUGAACCCAGCCCCGGCCCUGGCUCCCGGGACUCGCCGUCAGUGGCCUCGUGGAGAAGCCUGCGUCACCUCGCGUCCUGCACGCCGCGUACCAGGAAACGCGGUCGCGUCAGUGUGACCUCAGCUGGGCCGGGCGCGCUCCGGGCGGCGUGUGACGUGCGCGCGCGGGGCGAUCGGCGGCCGGUGUGAAGAAAAACCAUGACAAUCCAAUGGGCGGCGGUUGCCAGCUUUCUCUAUGCUGAAAUAGGACUCAUUUUAAUCUUCUGUCUGCCCUUUAUUCCUCCUCAGAGAUGGCAGAGGAUUUUUUCAUUUAGUGUCUGGGGUAAAAUUGCAAGUUUUUGGAACAAAGCUUUUCUUACUAUUAUAAUCCUAUUAAUCGUUCUAUUUUUAGAUGCUGUGAGAGAAGUAAGGAAGUACUCCUCCACUCAAGUCACUGAGAAGAACUCAGCCGGCAGGCCUGGUGCCUAUGAGCACACACAGAUGAAGCUCUUUAGGUCCCAAAGAAAUCUUUAUAUUUCUGGAUUCUCUUUAUUUUUUUGGCUAGUGUUGAGACGUCUGGUCACGCUUAUUACUCAGCUGGCAAAAGAAAUAUCAAACAAAGGAGUGCUUAAAACUCAAGCGGAAAAUACUAAUAAGGCUGCCAAGAAAUUCAUGGAAGAGAAUGAAAAACUAAAAUUGGUACUAAAAAACCAUGGCAAAGAUGAAGAAAACAUUUUGGAAACUGAAAAUAAAAAACUAGUAGAAGACCAGGAAAAAUUGAAAACUGAAUUGAAGAAGGCUUCAGAUGCCCUUUUUAAGGCACAAAACGAUGUGAUGACUAUGAAGAUACAGUCAGAGAGACUUUCAAAAGAAUAUGAUCGACUCCUGAAAGAACACUCAGAACUUCAGAACCGUUUAGAAAAAGACAAUAAGAAAGGCCUGUGAAUUAACUUCGUAAUUAAUUUACUUCUUCGUAAAAAGAAGAUUGUGAUACACCCUGUCAAGAAAAUAAAUUUGUUAUCAUGGUAA